CAUGUUUACAGUGUAUGUGUUGGAGCGAGUGAUUUCAGCCUUGUGUUAAAAUAUUGUAAAAAACAGGCAAAAUAAUGAUGGAAGAUAAGAAAACUUGCCUUUAAAUAGUCUUAAUAGAAAACAUGAUCCUUGUUAGACACAUAUAACUGCCUGGAAUGAUGUGCAAUGUCGAAUUUUCCUCCUGAUAUCUUCGUGAGCGCUUUCUUUAGCCUCUCUGAAGGAAAGGAAGAGAAUCAUAACAGUAAACAUAAACGGAAUCGUAAUCAGUGGAAGCUCUUCUAGGCCUCACAGUCAGGAGCAGCUCACACACUAUGGACAUUCCUCUACCAGAAGAGAUCCCUUUGCCAGGGGUUGUUCCUGGGAGUAUGCCUAACAUGAGCCGUGCUCCCCCACACCCCAGAGGCCCCGGUCUGCUUUCCACACCCACUCGGCCACCUCCCCACAUCAUCCUUCCCCCAGGACCUCCACCUGACAUGUCCGUUCCUCCUCCAAACUUCAGUGUGCCUCCCCCGUUCAUGUCAACACCACCGCCACGCCUUCCCAGGCCUUCUAAUGUGACCCCAAAGAAGCUAGGGGAAUCUACAGGCAAAGGAGAAAGAUACUCACCAAGUAGAGUAACAGUUGAUGAUGAAGAGAAAGAUAGUUCACCAGCAACCACCACAUCAACCAGCACAACUGUGACAUCAUCACCAGCCUCUGAUUCCUCAGGAACAUCAAAGAUAGGGGUGAAGACAAAUUUACCCAAAUUAUUAGGGAAGGAUGCAGCCAAAAAGAGACUUCUUGCAUUCUCAGGAAAGGGACUUAAAGUCUCCUCAUUUUCACUAUCAAAAACAGUAAAGCCAGCUGUUAAGUCUGCUCUAGGGGUGUCUAGUAUUGAGCAAAUUAGGGACGAGGAAUCAAGACUCCGAGAAGCUUUAGGGUUGAAGAAUGUGUUGUUCAAUCCGUAUGGGCCUGGUUUGGGUACCAUAGCCAGGCUGUUAGACAAUCCUGAAGGGUUGAAAAGAUUCGAGGACAAAGGCAAAACAGCAAAGAUUAAACUGGAAGAAUAUGAAGCUAGACAAAGUGAAAAGCAGUAAAGGGUAAAGAAGGGGAUCGUGACAAAGAACUAGACAAGGAUAGGAAAUUGGAGCAAAAGUCUGAUAGUGGAAAAGAGGACAAGUUAGAUUCUGGAAGCCAGAAGGAGGAAGCAAAGAAAAGACCUAAAAGAGUGCCAAAGACAUGGAGUGAAUUCAAAUCUGAGAACUUUGGCUUUGACCUCUUGAGACAAAUCAGAAGGGAACAGCUUAGGAGACGCAGCAGAUCUAGGAGUCGAGACAGGGACAGAAGGAGGUGGAGUCGCAGCACCAGCCGGGAUAGAGGUAGAAGUGGCAAACAUCAGGAGAAAGGGCCAUUCUUAGAGGAAUCAAGAAUGUUAUAUACACUCAGGGCCAAGGGUUUGAAUGGUUUAGAUAAAGAGUACCAAGGCCAUAUGGUACAAUACACUGUAACUAAACCAUCUCUGUCAUAUUGCAUCAAUCCUUAUAGAUUCAAAGCACAUUUUUUGACUCGGUUAGAAAUCAAGAGAAGAGAAUCAUCUGACACUUGGGAGAUCUUUGAGAGUUUUUGGGAAAUGGAAUCACAGUUUCAAAAUGAAAAUGUAUCUCAUGAAAAGGAACCAUCCCGGGCCUGGUAUCCUAAGUGCUGGGAGUUAGAGGUUCAAGAGAAAGUCAAAGAAACUGUGGAGGAGCAAGUACAAGAAGUUGCAAUAGCUGCCACAAAGUCUCGUUGGGACUCAGACAAUGAGGAAGGAGAGGAAGGCCAGCCGGCUCUAGAAUGGAAGGAAAGUGUAGAGGAAAAGGUCCUGGAGUCUAAUACAACUGCUCUCUGUGAAGACAAAGAUGAGAGCUUGUCAUCAGAGGUGUGUGGUGCUGAUGAAAAAGUAGGGGAGCAAGCACAAGACUCGUGUACAAUGCCCUUCUCAGUAGGGCUGAAUGAAGAAUAUGAAGCAUUUAUGCAGAUGUUGGAUGGCAAUGCUGUGUCCAAAGGGGAUGGCAAAGUGGAAGACAAACUUCCUGUUGCUGAUAUCAAGGUUGAGGAUGGUAUCGACUCAACAACUGGGUAAUCAAACAAGUACAGGUAUAAAACAGGAAGUUUUGUCAGAGGUAGAUUUAGAUUCUGAUGAAAAGCAUCAUGAUAAAAGUUCAGAUGAGGAAGAGGAUACUAAUAAGACAGUAGAGGAAAUGAAAAGGAAAGAAAGAAUGGAGAGAAAGAUGAAGAAAAAAAUGAAGAAAGCCAAGAGGAAACAGAAAAAGGCAGAGAAGAAGGCAAAGAAAAAAGCAAAAAAGGAAAUGAAAAGAAAGGAGAGAGACAGGGAAAGAGAAAUGGAUGAAGGAAGGGGAAACAGUGACUCAGAUGCUGGAAGUGAACAGAUGCUUGAUACACCAAGAAAAGAGAAGAGAGAAAAGAGAAGUGAAUCCAGGGAGCUGAGUAGAGAGAGAGAGACUGACAGAGGACAUUUGUGUGAGGUAAAAAGAAAUGAUAAGAGAAAAGGAACUCAUGAUCAGAAAGUAAUGAAGGGAGUAAGUGUUAGAGAGAGUGUCAAGAGUAUAUGAAGAUAAGUAUGACUCCAGGGGUCUAAGAGAUGGAGAAGAAAGUGAUAGUGAUACAAAGGAAUGGGAGAGAAAGGAGGAACAAGAAACUGAAAAGUCUCAUAGAUGGCCCGAGAAGAGGAAGCAUUAUGAUGGAGGUAAAGAUUACAAGAAAAGAGAAAUAAAGCCUGAAGAUGUGAUUGAAUCUGGAGACAGAAAGUUUGAGAGAACCUACAAAGAUUCAGUAAGUGACACUAAAGCAAAAGGGAAAAUCCAUGCAUUUGAGGACUCUGAAGACAGCCCAACAUACACUCCACCAAGGAGAGAUAGUAGUAGUGAUGAGAGCGAAGAUGAACCGGCAAAUAGGCAUGGUCGUGAUAGUGAUCGUAGUGUUUCUCCUGAUGACUGGAAAAGAAAGGAUGAGCCACCAUCCCCUCUCUCCUCUGAGGCCAGUGUUGAUUCUAUUGACAGGAAGAGCAGGAGGAAAUUGAAAUCAAAAGGUCAUAGAAAAAGAGGGAAGAGUUGGGUUGAAGAAGAGCUGAAUUCGGACACUAAUCAGUCAUGGAGAUCUCAAGAUUCAUCAUCUCCUGAGUAUUAUUCAUCAAAGCUGUCAGAAAAGGACUCCAGAAAGGCUGAUUCUGCAAAGUAUGUGCCAAGUGACACCUCUGGAUAUUGUGACUUGAGUCGCUCAUCCAGUCCAGUGUCUGAACUGGAUUUAGCUAAAACCUCAACAGCAGAGUCUAGUGAGGAUGACAGUGAGAAUUAUAAGAGUGACAAACUGUAUGAAAAGAGAGUGGAUACCCCAGAAGUUAUCAGUUUCUCCCUGGAUGACAUCCCAUACCCUCCAGCUGGCUGUCCACCAAGCAAAAAUGAGGAGAGUCAAAACAGGGUUCGCAGGGAAAGUGAGAGGUACAGCCCUUCUAACAUGUCCAUGUCUCCAAGCCUUCAGAUUCCUUUGCCUCCAACGUCUGUCCAGAAUAUCCCUAUCCCACCACUCCCAGGAUCACUUCCAAAGGGCCCUCCUCUGCCACUGCCUGAUCUCAAGAAGAUUCCCAUUCCUCCUUCAGGAAUACCCCUUCCAUCAGUUAAGCCACCUAUACCUCAGGCAAGGACAAUUCCAAGUUCACAGCAGGCAAGCCAUGUGCCAGUUGGACCUCCAAUAGUACCCAAAGGCCAAGUACCUUUACCCAUUCCACCACCCAUGCCACAGAAUACUUCUUCCAUGGGAUCGGUUCACCCUAGGCUUCCUGCCACACAGGUUAUUGCUCCACCAUCAAAGUUGCCUUUUACACCUGGGGGACCAACCCUUCUAACUCCAGCACAUGUUCCUAUGUCUGUGCCUCCCCCUUCCAUUCUUCCUCUCUCGGUUCCUCCACCUACGCCAUUAUCAGUUCCUCCACCUACAGGUGUCCUACCACCUUUGCCUUUACCAAAGGAGUCACUGCCAGAUAAAGCAAAACUGACGUCCAGACCAUCAUCUCAGGACCAGUCCGUUCCUCCUGUAGCUUUAUUAUCUCCUACAUCAGUUCCCCUGCCAAGCUCAGCAUUAAACCUAGAUAAUGAAUUAAAUCAGAAAAAGGCAAAUGAGGAAGCCAGUACAGUAAAAAGUUCUAAGAAUGAAUCUGACGACAACACUGGAAUGGUUUCAACACAGUGGGUGGAAAAGAACUGUGACCUUGAGGCAUCUGAAGAUGAUAAUAGUAAAGAUAUGAGUAAGAAUUCUCGUUCUAUACCAAUUACAUUUAGGCUUGGAGGAUCAAAACAAGGCAGUCUUAAACGUUUGCAGAAGGGCCCAUUGUUACCAGAAUUCAUUCAUGAAGAGGAAGAAGAAGGCCUUAGAGGAAAGCCUGCUGAUGAAGAUGAUGAGGAUCAGUCAUCAGAGGUAGCAGAGACAUCUGAUGUAUUUGAUUCACAGAAGGUCAUGCCAACAUCAUCAAGGCCAUGGGAAUCUUCGAAGGAUGAAAUGCAAGAAGCCAAAAGCUUAAAGGAGGAAAGCCCUCAGAGUCUGCCAGUGUCUAAGGGGCGAACAAGGAGAUCAAGAUCAAGAUCUCCACGAAGGAUCAGAUCUUCGCAGAGAAGCAGAUCGCCACAGAGACGGAGAUCACCGUCAAGAAGCAGUUCUGUCCAGAGGGAAAGAUCCCCAAUGAGGGGCCACUCAAGAGAGAGAAGUAAAUCCCCAAGGAUGAGCAGAACACCUUUAAAGAACCGUUCUCCAAGGAGAAGCCGCACUCCCUUACAGAGUAGGUCCCCCCAGAGAAGCAAGUCUCCAAAAAGAAGUAGAUCUCCAAGAAGGUCUAGGGACUCAAGAUCACGUAGUUGGUCCCCAAGGAAGCUUGGAAACCGUAGAUCUCCAGACAGAAAAAGAAAAAUGUCACCAGAGUUUAAGAGGCAAAGAACAAGUCCUGAAAGAAACAAGAGAAUGGAGUCAUUUAGUCCACGAAGAUCAGUACGUCCAAAUAGGGAAGCAAAGUCCCCAGUCCGUGUCUUGGCCCCUCGACAGCCAAGGGAAAGACGAUCUCCUAAACGAUAUCGCAGUCCAAGUCCUUCCCCUGUGAGAGAAGAUAGAAUAGGAUCACAUUUUGCUAGUCCUGAUUCAAGACAUAGUAGGAGUCCAGAGAAAAGAAUACCUACUGUACACCAUGGACCAAGAACUCCAGAUAGAUCAGAGAAGACAGAAUCUGUCCGGUCGCCGCAACAUGGUUAUCAGAGUGAUCUUGGAAGAGAGAGGACAGCAAAACGAACUCUAGAACGAUCACAGUCUCCAGAAUUGCAUGAUGAACGUAGAGCAUAUGCUCAGGGUCGAUUAGGUAGACAGGAUUAUAGAGGUAGCUGCAGUCCAGAUUCAAGAAGUCCAGAUGGCAGGAUUGUACACCAUCAUAGUCCUGUUCGCAGAAGUCCUUCAUGGAGCCCAGCAAGGCAGCAUGGCCAGAGCCCCAGUUGGCGAAGUCCUACAAGACAACGUGCUCAGAGUCCAGGAUGGAGAAGUCCCCAUUACAGGAGCCCAGAACGUCGGUCGCAUUAUUCACCUGGAAGAGACCAACACAGUCCUGUUCAUCGCUGGAGCCCACAUAGGUCUCCAGGAAGAUCACCACGUAGGUCCCCUCAUCACAGAGCUUCUCCUGGUUCCCCUCUUUGGAGAUCCCCUAUACGCAGGUCACCAGGAAGUAGGUCACCAAUGAGAAGGUCUCCUAUUCGCCGAUCUUCACCAAGGCGCUCUCCUCUACGCAGGUCUCCCUUGAGAAGGUCUCCUCUCCGAAGGUCACCUCAUAGAAGAUCACCUGGCUGCAGGUCACCUCUAAGAAGAUCACCUCUGCAAAGGUCACCCCUUCGGCGAUCACCAAGGAGGUCUCCAAGAAGGUCUCCUCGUAGAUCACCGCGAAGGUCACCCAUUCGGAGAUCCCCCAGACAUUCCCCAAGAAGAUCGCCAAGGAGGUCAAUGUCUCCCAGUGUUGACAAUGGUGACUAUGAACAUCAUGAUCGUGGAUGGAAUGACUGGGAGUGGUCACGUGACAGGGAGAGAGAGCACAGUCAAGAUCGAGAGCAUAACCAUGAUGAGCCAGAGCGCUGGGUCAACCGCCCAUUGAGUCCAAGAUGCAAACCAGAACCUGAGGUCUACUACAGUCAGCACACCAGGAAUAUCAGUCGAAAUGAGGACACUAUUAAGAUUGAUGCAGACUCCACUAUUAGUGACUCUGAACUCACGGGCAGAAGAGAACAGCUGGGACGAAUGACAAGGGAGUCAUCACCUUCAACCUCACCAAGAGACUCUCCACGACGCCUGUCAUUAGAUGAACGAUUGCAGCAAGAGCAUGGCCUUGAUGUUGAGGUAGAGAGGCAAAAAAGAUUACCCUGCACGUCAUCUUUAUAAUUGGGGAUACCAAGCUCAUCCAGUGCAGGUUGGAAAUAUGCUCCAGGUGCUCCCGCAGGACCCGUCAGCUACCCCCACUCCAUCUUCGAUGAUUGUCCAAACCGGAAAUGUCAUCCAAGUUGUGCCAGCCGAGAACAUGCAGAUGUUGGGUGCAGAGAUGGUGCCAGGGAUCCCAGUGUCCAAUGGGGGCAUGAUGAGCAGUGUGGUGCAGGUAGUGGCUGGAGGUGUGGUGGGCAUGUCAGGGUCAUCUCCGGCCCCCGUCCCACCCCCUACAUCUUCGUCUACAGCACCCAUCUUAGCUUCUCCGGCAGAUUCCUCGCCUGGAAAAUCCCGGUCGACCCAUAUGUCCUCUGUUCCAUCAGCUAUCCCCAUGCCAGUCCCUUCCUCCAUUCCCUCACCAGUUGCCACACAGGGCUCCACCACAGCGACAGUCAAUUCACCUGCUGCAGUGGCUUCAGGUGCCCUGUCGGGGCCAACACCAGCCCUGAUGUCUUUGUCCCCCUCCGCUCACACAGCUGGAUUACCUGUGGCCCACCUCAUCUCCCUCAUUCAGCAGCAGAUGUCUGGCAUUACUGAUACUGUCAUAGACCCAGAAGUAGCUGCUGCUCUGGCACAGCAAGAAGAGUUGGAAAAACAACUGUCAGACACUGAGGAUGAAGUUCUCAUUAGGGAAGCCAUGUCAGAAGUGCCAGUGAUUGGUUCUCCUGUACCUCUGGUGAGAGGAAAAAACGGCGGCUCCUACCUGUCCCUCUGCCGCCUGCUGAGAAGGGUAUCCUCAUGAGCCCAAGUUACAGAUAUCGUGUUGAUUAUCGUCCCAAAGCGGUCAAGUUUGCUGACGGAAUCCUGCCUGGGGAAGGGACUUCUCCUUCUGGUGGUGAGGAAAUCCAUUCCCCACCUCCCCCAACAGCAAAGGCCACUAAGACCAAGGAAAAGAAACUGCGCAAGAAGCGGAAAGUCAAAGUCAAAAUCAUAAAACAGUAUAACGUGAAUGAUGACGACAAUGACUUCUUGCUGCCAUCAAACUGUAUCCUGGCUACACCCAUUACAGUUACACUGCUCCAGGAACAGCUGUAAUCUAUACGCAACAGCCACAGCAAGCAUAUGCCUAUACAUCAGGCCAACAGGGUGCUGUUGCAGUGCCUGGUGGAAUGGUCUUACAGUCAGGGACAGGUACUCAACCACAAGCAACAAUAAGUGGAUUAAGUGGAGUCUCCCCAGGAGUAUUGCGAUAUCCAGGCUACGUUUACACCACAGUCUAUUCAGCUGGACAGCAACUGCAGUAUGUUUUACCAACUCCACUAACAUCACAGGCUGCUGUAUCAACUCAAAAGAUUGCAAAGAAAUAAUUGAAUGUUGUUAAAUAAAGGAGCUGUUAUGACGCGUUCAUUACAAGAAAGAGAACUUUUCUGAAAGUCUGCUGUCAACUGAAGUAUUAUGUCUAAUGAAAUUUAUAUGAAUUUAACUUGUAAAAUGUAUAUGUAAUUAUUCAGAAUAUCCAUUUUAGUAAUGUGAAUGUAUUUUUGCUCAUAUUCUUAUGGGAAAAGAAUAAUCAUAAAAUCAUAAACCAAAGACUUUCGGAGUCAGAACUCAGCUGUUGUUCAGUGUGCAUGAUUGGAGAGUUCCCCUUAGUGACAAGAGUGCAAGAUAUUUUGAAUGCCAAUGGAAAACUUGGUACUCCAGUUACAGGCAAGUGUCCAUGAUUUAACCUAUUGAGUGUGUCAACACUGUUUAAUGACAAAUGCAUAUGAAUUGACUAAAUGAUUGGAUGAACUGCAUUUCGGUAGUACUAUUAGGUAGAAGUUUCAUCUUAGAGAAAAGAAUGUUAAGUGUGGGCCGUAACAGAAUCACAGCUAUGAAAUUGGUCUAAAGAGAAAAAGAAAACUGAAGUGUAAGGCAACAACUGACAGUAAAUGUAAUUUAUUUGAGUGCCUUAACUCUAUACCAGUGUUUGCCAGA